AUGGAGUCAACCAUUAAGGUCGUCAGAAGUGAAAAUCUCUACAAAACAUAUUGGCUCUAUUUGCGACUUUUGGGCGUCGAGGGCGAAUAUCGGUUCCGAUGGCUUCUGGAUUUUACUAUGUGCUUCUUCUUCACUUUAUGGUAUCCAGUGCAUCUAUUACUUGGGCUAUAUAAUCAGAAGCUGGCAAAUAUCUUCAGGAGUCUCUAUUUCACAACAGAAUGCAUUUUCUGCAGCUUGAAAUUUAUCUGCUUUCGUUGGAAACUGGGCGAGAUUAAGGCCAUUGAAAGAUUGCUCAAGGAUUUGGAUAAGCGGGCUGAAAGUGAAGAAGAAGUUACAUUUUUUGAACAAAGCACAAAACGCGAAGCCCAAAUGCUUUCGAAAAGUUAUUUGGUGGCUGGCAUAUUGGCUAUAAUUACUGCAACUGCCGCUGGUUUAUUCAGUAGUGGUCGAAAUUUAAUGUAUUUGGGUUGGUUCCCCUAUGAUGUUCAGGCCACCGCAUUUAUCUUUUGGAUUAGUUUUACCUAUCAAGCUGUAGGGUCCAGUUUAUUGAUCCUGCAUAACUUGGCCAACGAUAUAUAUCCCCCAAUCACAUUUUGUGUGGUAACUGGACAUGUGAGACUAUUGGCAAUGCGUUUAAGUCGAAUUGGACACGAUCAGAAUACAUCAAGGUCAGAGAAUACCAGAAAACUUAUCGAAGGCAUUCAGGAUCAAAUGAAACUAAUGCAAAUAAUUCGCCUACUCCGCAGAACUUUAUUUCUCUCGCAACUUGCUCAGUUCCUUUCCAGUGGUAUCAACAUUUCAAUAUCGCUUGUCAACAUCCUAUUUUUGGCGGAAAACAAUUUUACCAUGACUUACUAUUCUGUGUUUUUUGCGGCCAUGUUUAUAGAGCUAUUUCCAAGUUGUUACUACGGAACUCUUAUGUCAAUGGAGUUCGACAAUUUACCAUAUGCCAUUUUCUCGAGCAACUGGAUUGGAAUGGAUAUGUCAUAUAGCCGAUCCUUGAUAAUAUUGAUGGAGUUAACGGUUGUCCCCGUGAAAAUUAAAGCUGGAGGAAUAGUUGGCAUCGACAUGAAUGCGUUUUUUUCCACAGUCAAAAUGGCCUAUUCAUUUUUCACCUUAGCCAUGUCAUGUAUUCAAAAUAUGGAGUCAGCGCCUAAAGUCGUCAGAAGUGAAAAUCUCUACCAAACUUAUUGGCUCUAUUUGCGACUUUUGGGAGUCGAGGGGGAAUAUCGGUGCCGAUGGCUUCUGGAUUUUAUAAUGUGCUUCUUCGUCACUUUAUGUUACCCCGUGCAUCUCUUACUUGGUCUAUAUAAUCAGAAUCUGACAAAUGUCUUCAGGAGUCUCCAUUUCACAACAGAGUGCCUUUUCUGCAGCUUGAAAUUCGUCUGCUUUCGUUGGAAACUGGACGAGAUUAAGGCCAUUGAAAGAUUGCUCAAGGAUUUGGAUAAGCGGGCUGAAAGUGAAGAAGAAGUUACAUUUUUCGAACAAAGCCCAAAACGCGAAGCCCAAAUGCUUUCGAAAAGUUAUUUGGUGGCCGGCAUAUUGGUUAUAAUUACUGCAACUGCCGCUGGUUUAUUCAGUAGUGGUCGACAUUUAAUGUAUUUGGGUUGGUUCCCCUAUGAUGUUCAAGCCACCGCAUUGAUCUUUUGGAUUAGUUUUACGUAUCAAGCUAUAGGGUCCAGUUUAUUGAUCCUGCAUAACCUGGCCAACGCUAUAUAUCCCCCAAUCACAUUUUGUGUGGUAACUGGACAUGUGAGACUAUUUGCAAUGCGUUUAAGUCGAAUUGGACAUAACAAGAAUACAUCAAGGUCAGAAAAUACCAGAAAACUUACCGAAGGCAUCCAGGAUCACAUGAAACUUAUGCAAAUAAUUUACCAUCUCCGCAGCACUUUAUAUCUUUCGCAACUUGGUCAGUUCCUUUCCAGCGGUAUCAACAUUUCAAUAACGCUUGUCAAUAUCUUAUAUUUUGCGGAAAACCAUUUUACUAUGAUUUACUUUUCUGUGUUUUUUGCGGCCAUGUUUAUAGAACUAUUUCCAAGUUGUUACUACGGAACUCUUAUGUCAAUGGAGUUCGACAAUUUACCAUAUGCCAUUUUCUCGAGCAACUGGAUUGGAAUGGAUAGUGCAUAUAUUCGAUCCAUGAUAAUUUUGAUGGAGUUAACGGUUGUGCCCGUGAAAAUUAAAGCUGGAGGAAUAGUUGGCAUCGACAUGACUGCUUUUUUUGCCACAGUCAAAAUGGCCUACUCAUUUUUCACCUUAGCCAUGUCAUUUCGAUUCUAA